AUGGACGACGAGGAAGGAGACCAUUUCGUUGACCUGGACGUAGAGGAGAUCUUGGCGCUGUGCUUGCUGUACAUUCUUUUGGUUUCACAACGAUCUCAUACAGCCUACAGGAAGACAGUGCGCUGCAGCCCGGAGUCAUUUGAUGCCCUGUACAACUUUGAUUUCGGGCUCGCUGUCUUGUUAACCUAUUACGGCAAUGGCUGUGGCAUUGAUGGUGACGGGAUAGGAGGGGCAGCUGUGCAACUAGGAACGUCAAGAGCUGUUGCUGGAGUUUACAUUAAACGCCUUGAAGAUCUUCUCUACGACAUGAUGCAUGAUGUCAUUUUUUUCCCAGCGCCCGAUGCUGUAGACGAAUGGGAUGGACUGGUGGAAGGGUUUGCUCGACGCGGAAGUGAUUUUCCGGAUGUGGCAUGUGUCUUUGACGGCACUAUUAUUCGAACUCGCCGUCCAAGGAAUCACAUGGUCUGGCGCUCGGAAAUCCAUCCUACAACUGUUUGGCUGCUGUCGACUAUCGUGGUAAAUUUCGAUACUUUGGUGUGUUCACUGGAAGUAAUUCCGAUCAAUCGAUGUGGAAUCAAUCUGAAGUACUUGGGCCCCGCGCACGAUACUUGUAUUUGGCCGUUUCUUACGGUUCCUUUUGACAAACGACGAGGAAAUCGGUUGUCGCGAAAACAACGAUACUUCAAUUUUCACCUUUCAUCAACACGCAUAUUUGUUGAGUGUGUGUUCGGGAAAAUCAAAGGGCGUUUCAAAGUGCUGAAUGGCGUGACAGAUCGUCAUGCACACACGACGAAUGCACGAAUGAUAUGUAGCACAGCAGUACUUCACAACCUGCUCGUUGACAUAGCAAUGCACGCAUUUGACCCUCACUGGGAGCGAACGGAAGAGGAAAUCAAUUUGGGUGAGGCGAAGAGAAACACGUACAUGGAGCAAUUUUACCGCCAUGAUAACGAAUAA